AUGGAAUUUACUCCUUCAAUCUUUACAGAAACCAAUGCCGAAACUGUUCAACGCAUUACAGAAGCAGUUAUGGAACUUCAGGAGAAUCCUGAUUUUGCGUUAAUUCUCUUUAAUUCUUUACAAGACAAAAAUAAUCACGUCGAAAUCAUCAUGACUAACUUAAUUGCACAAAUACGUAUUGCAGUCAAAACACAUUGGAAUUCCGAGUUUUGGAGUCCAGAAACAAAACAUGAAAUCAUUUUGCAAUUAAUUCAGAAUUUGUUUGUAGUUCCAUAUAAGCAUCGAAAUGUCUUAGUCGAUUUAUUCAGAGUUAUACCAACAAUGGAUGAAAAUGACCAAUGGUGGGUUGAUAUGAUCUAUUCUACCACAGAACAACACAAUUCACUUGAAGAAAUGUGUUCUAUUGCUGAAAUUGCAAAUAUUUGGCUCGAAGUUAUUCGUGAUAAACCAUUAGAUGAAUUCGGAAACACUUAUAUUACAAAAUUCCUUGAAAAAUUUGUAGUAACUUUCCAAGAAAGUGCCGUUCAAGACUUAAACAAAUGGAAUUCUUUGAACUUCUCAAUACAAUAUGUUAAAUUCCUCUCAAAAUUAGUGAGAAUUUCAGAAAUUCCAUUGCAAAACAACAUAAUAGACAGUAUAGUGCAAACACUUACACCUUUACUUCAAAAUGACAACAACUAUACUGAAAUUGUUAACAUGAAAAUCGCACUUUCAAAAUUUUAUUACAAAUUAAUUGUAGAAUUCAGUACAAACACCAAAAAUGCUUCAGAUAUCAAGAAGUCGUUUGCAGAGCACUUCAAACAAGAGCUAGCUCCAAUAAUUAUCAAUACAAUUAAACAAAUUUGUGUAAUUCCUCAGCCAUUCUCAGUUUCCCACCCACUAUCAUUGAUAUUACACAGCAUAAUCUUCUACAAACUUGACGAUGACUUCUUAUCUGAAGGAUUAUUCCCAAUUUUGAUCAGAUUUGCCACAAUUCCUGAGACAGACUACUUCGAAACGAUCAACAAUCCAUCGUACUACAUCGGCCAAUACAUGAAAUUCGGUCCUUACCCUGCUACGUUCAAUUCCAGGUUUAUUUCAGGUACAAUCAUCAGAGAUUUGGUUGAAAAACAUGAUAUCAGCUAUGAGGUCAUCCUUCCACACAUAACUCCCACUGAAGAAGACACACAGGACGUAAUAGAAGCAAAAUUAUAUUUAAUAACCGCUUUAGUCAAAGCAUUAUUAGUAAAACAAGAGUCGGAAUAUGCUAUUAAGAAGAAGAAAGCCCGUGCACGCAAGAUAAAAAUGCCUCCUUUCCAUAAUUAUCUCCCAAUUCCAACAGAAGUUGUUAAUUUGGUCGAACAAAUAAUCGUCAGUGAUUCCCCAACGUUCUUAUUAAUUUCUGCUCUCAAUUUGUACUCAAAAUUGGCCCCACUCGAUGAUUACCACAGAGGAGCUGAAAUUGGACUGCAAGCAAUAGUAUCUGAGACCGAUGAGCCGACAAUUAUAGUCUAUGCAGCUAAGAUAUUCGCUGCAUGUGUAAAGAAACUGCCUGUAAACGAUAUAGACAUGAAUUCAAUUUUAUCUCCAAUCAUGGAAGUGACAAAGAUCAUCAGGAUGAAAGCAUUGAGUGGUGUUAUCACUACUUUAGCCCAAAAGAACCCAGAAGCCAUGAAUACAUGCGCUGCAGCCGUAAUUGAAGCUUUCAUUGACUUAAUUAACACAGAACUCAGCUCGGAAUCGAUUGAACCAGAGAAUAUAUCGAAGAUCGAAGACUCCCUAUCAUCAAUCUUCGAUAUUUUAGAGCCAAACAGGAAGAAUCAAGAAUUAUUAGAGAAUUUGUAUACAUUUGUCUUCACUAACCUUACAAAUGUAUUACAAUCAUUAACAAACAACUUCGAUCUACCUAAAUUAUUCCUUGUUUUCGCUCUUUUCUCGAUGAAUUUCAAAUCUCAUCCUGUAGAGUUUUAUGAAUCCUUCAUGUUGAUAUAUUCCAUUUUUGAAGAAGAAGGAGACCUAUUCCAAUCCGUUGUCACAUGUUCCAUGGAGAGUUUUGUUUGGUAUUUAUACCCUUUAGUUGUUGAUUUAAGUUCAGAAAAUUACCAAAAUGAAGAAUUCAAAGAAUCCGUGUUAAACAUUGUCAAUUUCGCACGUGAAGUGAUAAGAAACAAUCCAGAGGAAUGUACUGAUGAAUCCCUUCCUUAUUCAUUGUUCUUGAUGACUUGUGUUUCUCAAGUUUAUGGUUUAGAUUCGAAUUCUUUGGUUUUCGCUCAAGAACAAAUCCAUAAAAUAAUGGAAUACAGUUCUUUGAGAGGCUACAAUAUAAAGGAACAUGAUAUUGUUGGCUCAAUUAGAUUGUUCCAAUCAAAUGCUUUGAUUGACAUUACAACUAUUCAAUUUUUGAGAGAAGACACUGAAUUAAUUGACUUCCUUCUCAAAAAAUUGAAUUACACUUUCUUUACAACAUAUGUUGACAUGAAGUCAUGUUUUAUGUUUUUGUUGUGUUUGUGCAGGAUAGGAAUACAAGAAGCAUUUCCAAUUGCUAUUUCAAAUAUUCCUAAAUUGCUUGAAUUGAAAGAAAGAGAUGAAUCAGAAGAAAAAGAGGAAAACGAAGAAAACAGUGAAGGAGAAGAUGUAGAGAUUGAUGUAAAUGAAGAGGAAGAUGGGGAUAAAAGUGAUUCUGAACAAGAAAAUCUUGAUGAUGAGUCUGUUUUCAGAAUUAUUUGUCCUUAUCAUUUGCCUUUCGACUCUCAGAAUGAAUUUGAAUUUUUGAAGUCUGUUUGGAAUGAAAAUCAGCAACUUUCUGGAACUCUCGAUGAAGAACUUAAUCAAAUUCUUUCUCAAUACAUUCACUAA